UCCAAGAAAGAAGAGAAAAAGGACAAGGAAAAGGAUGAAGACAAAGACAAGGACAAGGACAAGGACAAGGACAAAGACAAAGACAAAGAGAAGGAUAACGAAGACAAGGACAAAGAUAAAGAUGAUAAGGAUAAAGAGAAAAAGGAUGAUGAUGACAAGGAAAGAGAGGAGAGGAAAAGGCGUAGAAAGGAGAAAGAGGAGAAGCUGAAAAAGGAACGUGAAUGCAUGAUAAAAGAAGCUCUCGACAAAGGUAAUCUACGUCCUGCUGAUGACAAUGAAACAAUCAACGAAUGCGUCAGCGACUGGAACGGACCUGUAGCAAAAAGAAAAUCCUGA